AUGGAUACAGCAGACAGCAGAGAAAUUACUCAGAGACCAAAAAAGGAGAGGCGGUUGAAAGAUCAGGUGCUUAUAUACAUACACCUCCCUGCAUUUGCUAAGACCAGAGAUAUAAUGCAUGGUCGCUGUGAAAGCGGUGAAACAGCCACAAGGAUCUCAGUCAAUAAUCACGUUUCAACAUAUUCCAUUCCACCAUUAAACUGUAGCCUUCCAGUAGACUUCCCCGAAUACGGGUGGGUAUUCGCGAGCCUGACCAUUCAUGCCUCAGCCAACGCGCAAACAGCCAUCCAUUGUUCCAUCCAUCUGUGCAUCUACCAUUCGACAAAUGUCCUGCUGCAUAUCCACGCACAUAUGAACGCUUCCGAACAGGAUGCGCGGUCGCAUUCGCUAUCGAAAGACCACAUAACAUGCAUAGCUGAACAUCCUCAUAUUAUCUCUUCAAAUGAUGCAAAAUCGGUUGGGAGAUUCGUGAAUCUACCAGCAUACAUAACACAUCGUGUCGACAUUGCCGAAAAUACCGAAGAACGAAGUCGAGGUCGAAGUCGAGUGAGUCAGCGGUUCGGUGCUAGAGCGCUUCCUGUUGAAGCGCGGGGAAAGCGAACAAAUGCAGUGGUAAAAAAGCUGAUCGUUAAAACAUUGGUGUUGGAAAAGCCCAGUCCGGACUGGUAUGCAAUCGAGGACCUGAAAUCGAGAACCAUGACGCCGCCGAUGCGGGCUGAAGGCGGUUGA